CCCCCUCAACUUCCUCACAAACCCACACUCCUCUGUUCCCUCUCUGCCUUUUCCAACCAGCAGAGACAAGAACCAUGGCAAUGCCACUCUCUCUUCUCUCACUCCUCUCUCUCCUCCUUAUCCCAUCUCUCAUUUCCUCCUCCCCGGUCCCAAACCCCGAUUCCGUAAUCCAAGAAGUACACAGGAGCAUUAAUGCGUCUCGAAGGAGUUUGGGUUUUCUUUCAUGCGGAAGCGGAAACCCCAUCGACGAUUGCUGGAGGUGCGACCCCAAAUGGGAGCAGAACCGGCAGAGACUCGCCGACUGCGCAAUCGGGUUCGGAAAGCACGCCAUUGGAGGCAGAGACGGCAAAAUCUACGUCGUCACCGACGCCGGCGACCACCCUGUCAACCCAAAACCCGGGACUCUCCGCUACGCCGUCAUCCAAGACGAGCCGUUAUGGAUCAUCUUCAAAGGUGACAUGACCAUCACGCUGAAAGAGGAGCUGAUGAUGAACUCGUUCAAGACCAUCGACGGCCGAGGAGCCAAUGUACACAUCGCCGGCGGGCCUUGCAUUACUAUUCAAUACGUCACCAAUAUCAUAAUCCACGGCUUGAACAUCCACGACUGCAAGCAAGGCGGGAAUGCUUAUGUUAGAGACUCUCCUAGCCAUUAUGGGUGGAGGACUUUGUCCGACGGAGACGGGGUCUCGAUUUUCGGGGGAAGCCAUGUUUGGGUGGAUCAUUGCUCUCUCUCCAACUGCCGUGAUGGUCUCAUUGAUGCGAUUCAUGGCUCUACGGCUAUUACGAUUUCCAACAAUUACAUGACGCACCAUAACAAGGUCAUGUUGUUGGGUCACAGUGACACUUACACGCAGGACAAGAACAUGCAGGUCACUAUUGCGUUCAAUCACUUUGGAGAAGGCCUUGUUCAAAGGAUGCCAAGGUGUAGGCAUGGAAAUUUUCAUGUGGUGAACAAUGACUAUACACAUUGGGAAAUGUAUGCAAUUGGGGGUAGUGCUUCUCCAACUAUCAACAGCCAAGGGAAUAGGUUUCUUGCACCUAAUGAUAGAUUUAACAAAGAGGUGACUAAACAUGAGGAUGCACCACAGAAUGAGUGGAGCAAAUGGAACUGGAGAUCUUCAGGGGAUUUACUGAUGAAUGGUGCAUUUUUCACAGCGUCUGGUGCAGGAGCUUCUUCGAGUUACGCCAAGGCUUCGAGUUUGGGUGCAAGGCCAUCUUCCCUAGUGAGCUCAAUCACAGCUGGUGCUGGUUCACUCAAAUGUAAGAAGGGCUCACGUUGCUGAUCACAAAAAUGGGAUGUAUUUACAACUAGUAGCUAAUAGGAUUUUCCAUUGCGUUGUUGUAUAUCAGUUUUUUUACUUUUUAAAUUUGGUGUUCUCAACCUUGGCUUGUUUCGCCAUUGAACCAAGUGUGUAAUUUUUGUGAAGCAAGACCAAAGUGUUGAUGAUUAAACGUGAAGUGAAAGUACAAGUUAUAUAUCUAU